AUGUCUUCUAAUGUGUGUAAUGUAAUUAAUGUGAUCGAUAAUUACCUUUACAAUGGUUCGAAUACCCCAGGAAAAUAUAAUUUUAAUGCUAUGUUCAAAGCUAAUUGUCCUAAUCAAAACUCUGAUAGUAAUGAACAAAUACUUAGCUGUGCUUUUAUAACAUUGCUAACUUUAUUUAAGAAUAUUGUUGAUAAGGAACAUUUAAAGAAUGAUAAACUUGCUGAAUACGCUAUUUUAUGGUUAAGUCACAAAUUAAAUCAAAAGAUACAUAAAAACAUCAACAUCAACAAUUUAAAUGAUUUUUUUGUUCAAUAUAUAAAUGAAAAUGAUAAGUAUAAUGAGGAUAUAAAUGAUGCUGGUGAUUAUAAGAGUUAUAAGGAACUUAUAAACAAAAAAAAUGAUUUUAUGAAUAUGGAUAUUAAAGAUAUGUCUAAUUUUUAUGAUGCAUUUAAAUCAUUAUGUAACAUGUAUAGUGAACUUAAUGAAAAAAAUUCCCAAUGCAAAAAAUGUUUAGAAAAUGCUGGAGAAUUUUUUGAAAAAUUUGGAAAACUUAAUAAUGUUUAUGGUAUUACUGAAGGAACUUCUUAUUCUCAACUAUUGUCUAGUUUAUCAAAUGAUUAUGCAAUUUUUGAAAGUAAAUAUAGUAGUGUUAGGUGUAGAAAUGUUUUAUCACUUAUAGCCUGUCCACGAAGUUCAGUAACAAAAAAUACACUAAUUACAAUUACAAUUAUAUUUGUUGCAGCUUCAAUUUUAUUGGGAGUUUCUUAUAAGUAUUCGUUAUUUGGAUUUCGGAAACGAGCUCAAAAACAAUAUUUAAGAGAAAAAAUAAAAAAUAUAAAGAAGAAAAUGAAUAAUUAA